AUGGACUGGUUCCACUGUAACCAGUGCUUCACAAGAAGAGGGUCGAUGUUUGCUGUGUCCAGCUGUGGCCACAUCUGCUGUGAAGCGUGCGUUAAAUCCAAGCAGUGCAGCGUAUGUGGGGCCAGCUGCAGUUGUCUGCCCAUCUCUGAUGAGAUGAAGCCACAGGAAAAGGUGUUUUUCAAGGACCCUGUGAAGCUCAUCCAGUCACAGCUGGAGCACAUAUCACAGAUUGCACAUUUUCAGCGGACACAGAUGGAGAGAGUCACAACGCACUUCAGGCGUAAGUCUGCUGAACUGGAGGGACGUCUGAAGGAAGUCAAUGAGCAGGGCUACAGGCAACUCUCCGAGCUGAAAAGAGAGAACGCUGUCUUAAAAAAGCAACUUUCAGAGCUGAGAAGAGAGACUGCUGAGUUGAAAAAGCCACUUUCUCAGAGGAGGGUUUCUCCGGGACAGUUUCAUAAAUACAGUUCUCAAAGGAUGUCACUCCCCGUGGCCGUCACCUCCCCGGUGACCCUUCGUUCAAGAAGUGUCAGUCAUUUAGGCUCGGCAGAGUCCCAGGGGUGGGCCAUAGACAGAGGUGCCAGUCUCUCCUCCCUCACAACUCCUGGAUCAGCUGCCUCUAUCUCCAGCCACAGUUCUCUUCAUGAACAUGGACACAGAACACCCACAUCCUCCAGCACUUCUACAAGAACUCAGCAUCCUGUUUUCCAGUUCCAGUUCAUGAGUGGAUUAUCAAUACAGUCUCCCAGGCGUUAA